UUUAAACGAGGAAGCAUUAAGAUGUUUCUUAUUUUGUCCGCAAUUGUUAUAAUUAUAUUAUACUAUUAUUCUACAAGAAACUUUAAUUAUUUUGCAAAAAGAAAAAUAAAAUGUGAGCCACCAAUACCGAUAUUCGGGAAUCAUAGCCAGGUUGUGUUUGCAAGACUAACAGAAAUAGAAAGGAUUUCAGCUAUUUAUAACAAAUAUCAAAAUGAAAAAGUUGUGGGAUAUUUCAGAGGUACAACACCUGAUUUGAUUGUAAGAGAUCCUGAGUUACUUAAGCAUAUAUUCAAUCUUGAUUUCUUGCAAUUUCAUCAAAGAGGUCUUGGGCGUGACCCUAAAUAUGAACCAGUUAUGUUAAAUUUAUUUUCUGCGGAUGGAGAUCGAUGGAAAUUAGUUAGACAUGGUCUUUCUCCUGCUUUUACAAGCAGUAAAUUGAAGAGUAUGUUUCCAAUCAUAGUGGACUGUGCUGAAAAAUUGGAACAAGUAGCGAUGAAACUUGCUCUUCAAAAAGAAGAUUUUGAUUUUGUUGAUUUAAGUUCCCGGUUCACAAUUGAAAUUAUUGGAUCCUGUGGAUUUGGUAUUGAAAUGGACACUAUGAAUAAUGAACAUUGCCUGUUUUUGCAGUUAAGAGAUAUGAUUUUCAUUAAAUCUAUUUGGCAAAUUGUAUUGUUUGGAAUAAGAGAUCUAUUCCCUAAUUCUAUCAUAAAACGUAUACCCAUAUCACGUCCAGAUAUAAUGCGUAUCAUUAACGAAAUUGUAAAUGGUAUACGAAGACAAAGAUUAGAAAAUAACAUCACACGCAAUGAUUUUAUGAACUUAUUACUAGAAAUACAAAAGAAUGGAAAAAUAACUGGGGAAUCACUAGAAGAAACUGAUGAAAAUGGGAAACCAAAACAGGUCGAAAUUGAAUUCGAUGAUGCUUAUGUGUCCGCUCAGUUAUUUAUAUUUUUUGCAGCAGGUUUUGAAACUGCAUCUACUGCAAUGAGUUUUACAAUGCACCAACUUGCUUAUCACCCAGAGAUACAACGAAAGAUUCAAGAAGAAAUAGACACAGUUUUAUCUAAAUAUGAUAAUAAAUUGUGUUUUGAAGCCGUGAAUGAAAUGACUCUUCUAGAAUGUGCAUUUAAAGAAGCUAUGAGAUUGUUCCCUCCUGGCGGACUAACAACAAGAUUUUGUGCUAAAGAAUUUAAGGUACCCAAUUCUAACAUCACGAUUGAGGCAGGUACCAGAUUAAUAAUUCCUAUUCAAGCAAUUCAUAUGGAUCCGAAAUAUUUUGACAAUCCGACUGAGUUUAGACCCGACAGAUUUACACCUGAUGCAACAAAAUCACGACAUAAGUAUGUUUAUUUACCCUUUGGAGAAGGCCCUAGAAAAUGUAUUGGUGCUCGUUUAGGCAUCGUUGAGACCAUGGCUGGCCUAGCUGCAAUAUUACGUAAGUUUACCGUAGAACCAUCUCCAUUAUCAACUAGAGAUAUAGUGCGCCGAAAAACAUCCUACCUCGUUCAAGCUGUCGAGGGAGGACUACCAUGUCGACUUACUUUGAGGGAACAGUAUCAAGAAAAAAAAUGUGAAAAUGGUAAUGCUUAAACAUACAAUU